AUGUCCAAGAAAACGAGACACACGGAACCGGUCGCCCGCGCGGGUUUUUCGACAGACACGGGCACCUCGACACCUACCGGUGUUCCAUCCGAUGAUACGAAAGCACUCGGCGCGCCUACGCCUCCGCCCGACGGUGGCCUGGCGGCCUGGACACAGGUCGUAGGCAGUUGGUGUGUCUUGUUUUGCACCUUCGGUCUGGUCAACACGUUUGGCGUCUACCAGACGUACUAUGAGCGGACCCUGACCACCGUCUCGUCAUCCAGUAUCUCCUGGGUCGGCUCGAUCCAAGGCUGUCUACUCCUGUGCGGAGGACUGAUCUCUGGGCCGCUCUUCGACGCGGGUUACUUCCGCCAUCUGCUUUGCACCGGCUUGUUCCUCGUCAUAUUCGGUCAGUUCAUGACGUCGCUGUGCACCGAGUUCUGGCAGAUCGUUUUGGCGCAGGGCCUGUGCAUCGGCACGGGGUGCGGGAUCGUGUUCCUGCCCUGCACGGCCAUCAUGUCGCAGUACUUUUCGCGCAGACGCGCCCUGGCGACAGGCUUAUCUUCGAUGGGAUCGCCCGUCGCUGGCAUCGUGCUGCCCAUCGUCUUUAGCCAGCUGCAACCCAAGAUCGGCGCACCCUGGGCCACGAGGGUCAUCGCCUUCAUCCUGCUCGGCAUCGCCAUCGUGCCCCUCACCUUCAUGCGCACCAGACUGCCCCCGUCUAAACACCACCGAGCAUUGGUAGACACGGGCGCCUUCCGCGACAUGACAUUCAUGACCUUCCUAGCGGGUUGCGUGUGCGCCUUCAUGGCGCUGUACAUCCCCUUCUUCUACAUCGAGCUCUUCGCGCUCGACCACCGCUCCGUGCCGACCGGCUUCUCGUCCUCGUACAUGGUCACGCUGAUGAACGCCGGCAGCAUCGUCGGCCGCGUCGCCCCGCCGUACCUCGCCGACAAGACGGGCCAGCCGUGUCUCAUCAUGGCCUUCAGCGCGCUCGGGUGCAGCGUGCUGGCCUUCGGCUGGCUGGGCAUCCGCGACUUCGGCGGGCUGGCCGCCUUCACUGUGCUCUACGGCAUCAUCUCCGGCGGUGUCGUUAGCAUGCAGCCGGUCGCCACAUUCCGCUUCACGCACGACAUGAGCAAGGUCGGCACGCGGCUUGGCAUGUGCUGCUUCGCGGCCGGCAUCGCGCUGCUGGUUGGGAACCCGAUCGCGGGCGUGGUCUUGGGCGACGCCAGCGAGGCGCGGUGGCGCGGCGUGAUUGGCUUUACGGCAGACUUCAUGUUGGCUGCUUGUGGUUUGUUGUUCGUGGCCGCGUGGUUCGCGAUGAGAGCGGAACGCGCCCUGAAAUAG